AUGCGUGGAAGAAAUGACCCAGACUGGCUGGUGACAAAAGUUUUGGUCUCCUGGGGUGAAUGUUCUUGGAAGAAGAACCUGCCCGGCCUUUAUAGUGGCCAUGGCGGACGGCCAUUGAUUUGUGUAGCGACUGGCCGACCCUACGAAUGCAUGAUUCGAAGAAAGACAUGCCUGAGACUAAUCUCGAGCGAGGCCAAACAUCUUGCUCUCGGCUCGUUCAUAUCCAUCAUGUAUUCCUGUCGCAGUCAGCAAUCACCACUCGUUUGUUUCGUCAACGCCUGCCGCCUUGUCGCCCUCGUGCACCACGUUCCCAAGCCUGCAGCCUCAAGCCAGAUCACUCUCGAAGUCAACAUUGUCCCACCGACCUUCGCCAUGGGGCACAGCAGCGCUCAAGUAACACCAGGCAACUUUGCCGGCUCGCCAUCGCAUCGACGACUCCUUGUCACCACAGCAUCCACAUUGCAUCAUCACCACCUGUCGUCACUCGAGCGACUGAGGAUGCUGCCAGAUCAUAUACCUGCCUAG